UUUUAUAUAUUAUAUUUUUAUACAUAUUUUGUAUUUUAAAUAACAUUCCAAGAUUUUAAGAGAGAUUGAGAUUUUCAGUACUGAUUUGUAUUGAGUCUAACGUCAUUACUGUUAAGGCUCUUUCUCCUUUUUUUUGCACAACAACACAAUACAAAAUAAUAAUACCGUUACCUUGUUAUAUUUGAGAAUAUUUCCGGUCUUUUCCGAUUGACCUUUGUUCAGAUUUCCAGUUUUACCUUAGGCCAAUAAUAUUUGAGUUUGAUUUCUUUGUUUUUAUAAAAUAUCGUUUUUUUGAGAAAUGAAUUUGAAAAAUUCCAAGUUUUAUAAACGUAUUCAAGAGCUGCGUCAUCUUUCCAAGGAGAAGAUACGUAAAGAUCGAGAGCAACGCUCGAGAGUGACUCGUAUCAUUGACAUGGCACUCAGUGAGAGGCGUCCCAAUCCGGCCUCCGAUGAGGAAUGGGUUGGUUCGCCCACGUCUAAAGCCCCUUUUACACAGCUGUCUCCCCCAUCACCUUGCUGUCGUUCCAAAAAGAUGAGAAGUAAGAAGAAAACGCAUCAAUCAGAUGGCGAUUAUCGACCUAAAGCUGGCCAGGCGGCCGCUUCUGGUUCCGUGAAGCUGGCCACAUCAGAGACGGACACAAAACUCGAAGGAUUCAUACAGCUGAAUCAGAAAUGCUUUCGUGUGGCCUGUAUCAGGCGACAGGAUCCCGCCGUGAUUCAGGAAGAGGAACGCUCCAUUAGCGAUUCCAAGAGCACCAUUUGUGUGUCCAAUUCACGUUAUGCCAUGAUUGGCAAAAUAUCGAAAGCUCUGGGCUAUAAGCUAGUGAAAGAAUCCAAAUUGUGGAAUAUCCUGUGGUCCGAUUCGUUUCCCGGUGUAGAACUGUUUAAGAACAUGAAACGUUUCCAGCAGAUUAACCAUUUUCCGGGCAUGAUUGAGAUAUGUCGCAAGGAUUUGUUAUCGCGCAAUUUGAAUCGCAUGCAAAAGUUUUAUCCACACGAUUACAAGAUCUUCCCCAAGACCUGGAUGCUGCCGGCGGACUAUGGCGAUGCCAUGAAUUAUGCCCUAAAUCACAGGCGCACUUUCAUCCUGAAGCCAGAUUCGGGAGCACAGGGACGUGGCAUUUGGUUGACCAAUGAUCUAAAGUCCAUUGGUCCACAUGAACGUCUUAUCUGUCAGACUUAUGUACAUCGACCUCUGCUUAUCGAUGGCUACAAAUUUGACUUGAGAGUCUAUACUCUCGUCACCUCAGUGGAUCCCCUGCGCAUCUUUGUGUAUAAUGAGGGCUUGGCACGCUUUGCCACCAAUAAGUAUGUGGAACCCACACCCGGAAAUGCCAACGAUCUGUACAUGCAUCUGACCAACUACUCGGUGAACAAGCGGAACUCGCAGUACGAGAUGUGCGACAACGAUGAUUGCGGGAGCAAAAGAAAACUGAGCGCCAUUAACAAUUGGAUGCGGCGGCACAAUUAUAAUGUGGAAGAGUUCUGGAGCAAUGUGGAUGAUGUGAUCAUUAAGACGGUUCUGAGUGCUUGGCCAGUGCUGAAACAUAACUAUCAUGCCUGUUUUCCAGGCCAUGACAAGAUUCAGGCCUGCUUCGAGAUCCUCGGCUUUGAUAUACUGGUGGACUGGAAGCUAAAGCCGUAUAUUUUGGAGGUAAAUCAUUCGCCCAGCUUUCACACCAACGAGCAGGUGGAUCGUGAGGUCAAGCGACCAUUGAUACGUGAUACACUGACCCUGGUGAGCACGGUGCUGGCGGAUAAGAAACAGAUUAUGCGCGAGGAUCGCAAACGGGUUAAGCAGCGUCUCCUCAAGACCAAAGGCGAAACGUUGCAGCGACCUCGCCUCUUGUCUGGCACAUCUAGGGUUGAGCCUUCUCCAAAUCCAAAUGCUGGAGCUACUGGUGAUCCAGAGAUAGACUCGCUGGCCCAACAGAUUGCCUGGGAGGAAAGUCACAUGGGCAAUUUCAGGCGCAUCAUGCCGCCAAUGGAUCCAGCUAAAAUCAAUUACUAUAGCCGCUUCUAUGGCCAGACCAAUCAGGUGUCCAUUUUCGCCGAGACGGCGGCCAGUAAGAAACGUGAAGAUCUGGCCCGCAAGAUGCGCAUUCAGAUCGAAGAGAAGAAAGCCAAGCAAAUGCAAAUGCUUAAUGGACGACCUAAGCGUGAAGCUCGCGUGAAGCGUCUAUCGACAAUGUUGCCACGGGCUGUGCGGGAGAAGAAUCGCAUCCAUUUAUAUCGCCUACAGGAGCACUGGACGCCCGGGUUUAUAUCAGAGGCAGAGGAGCGGCUGCGUCACACUUGGCUACAAAUGCGCACCGAGGCCAUAAGGAGCAUGAAGAUUACCGAAAAUGUUUUUUCAACGCUCUAUGAGUCCGGAAAUCUGACUAAUACCGACAUGGUUGUCUAUCCACAUCUCUAUCAUAAUGUACAAAAUGGUCAUGAUAUCAAGGUCAUUGCCUGAGGGCAGUCAUUCUAGUUGAUGCUUGGUGUGACACUAUUGAAAGAUCUCUGAUUCUUGUCCAAAUAAUAAGUAGAUACUACUUUUCAAAUUCA